GUCCAUGGUAGUUGACUGGUCGUGUGUAUUCGGUAUCGGUAAAACCAUAGUUGCUGAUUAAAAUAACGGAAUUCUCACCAAUAAAUUAUCUUGUAGGGUAAUAGAAUAACAAAUUUAUAUUAUUUUAUUUUUACAAAUUGAAAUUUUAGAUUUAAAAAUAUCUCCUAUGUUAUGGUUGCUCUAAAUAUAUCACAAAAUUUUAAUCGCUUUUAAUCAAUAAAUACCAACUACAUUUUCAGUAACUAAAUACGAAAAAAGUAAAAACACUGCCUAAAUGUAAGUAUUACUGUAAAACAGUUCAUGAUUUUAUCAUUGUCUAUUAAAUUACAUAACAAUUUUUCGUUUGUUUGUUAAAUGUUCUAUUUAUUUUUUUUUUUUACUUCAUAAUUGAUUUUAAAUUCACUCACUGAUUUGAAUUAUAUUAGACAAUAUGGAUGAAAGUAUAUCGGAUCAAGAACUACGACAGCGUUUGUCAACAUUUAAUACUGUAGUACCGCCAGUCACCAAUACUACGAGAAGAUUAUUAUUAAAAAAACUUGAAGACCUAGAAAACAAACAAUCUAGCCAAAUUGACUUGCCCAAAACUAACUUCCAUUUGAUGAAUGUUUCAAGUUGGAAUAAUUCUGCUACUGAAGAUGAAGAUCAAAAUUCAUAUUUGUUACCAGGUUUGUUCUUUAUGAUUUUUAAGUAUUUUAAUAGACUUAUAAACUGUUUGCUAUUCAUUAUAAUUUUAUUUAUUAAAUUCACAGAUAAUAAACACUUUUCAAACAAAUUACCUGAAACACAGACUGAAAAAAAAAUACCUAGCUUUUAUAACUCUAAUGUAAGUAUAUCAUCAAGGGAACCCGUAAUUCGAAGUCCUCGAUCAAAUCCUAUUACAGAAACUCCAUAUGCUGAUAAGGCUAUACAAAGGUGGAAAGAAAAAAUGAUGAAUCAGUCACAGAGUAAGCUUAUUCUUAUAAAUUUUAAAUUUUUUAAAAAGAAAAUUUAAAGAUGAAUUUAUUGAUCCACCUUUUUUAUAGUCUAAAAACUAAUUAAUUUAUAAAAUUUACUCUUGUAUUAUGUUAAAAAAAAAAAAAAUUUACUUAUUUUGUGAAAAUACACUGGACUCUAUAAUAAUUUGUUUCAUACAAAACAUAUCGUGUAAUAACCAUAAAUAAUUUUAUAUUAACACAUUCUAUUAAUUCCAAUAGAAAAAUAUGAACUGGAUUGAUCAGCUAGCCCUCCUUAGUUCUACUUAAAAAUUAUAAAGUUUACUGUCUACUUUACAAUCUACUGUCAAUUGUAAUCAUCAAUAUUAGACUAGUAUUGUUCCUCUUGAAUACUUAUACUAAAUUAUAAAAUAUUAUGGUUAUUGUUUUUACUAGAAUUAAUAGAUUAGACAGAUAACCAUACAAAUUUUUGAACAUAUUAAAAAAGUAAUAUCUAAUCACAUAUAGUACAGUUUAAUAUUGUUAUUAAUCAUUAAUCAAAUGAUUUAUACAAUUCAAAUCAUUUAACUAUCUAUAAAUAAUUGUAUACUAAAAAUAUAUUUUUAAGGGACUUAAUACAAUUUUAAAAUAAUACGGUGAUGUAUAAAUGUAUUAAUUAUUAAUGUUACAGAUAAAACUGAUUCAUCACCAAAUGUACAUUUUCCAACUGCUGUUACAUCAGUUUAUUCCCAAAAUUCAAGGUUUGUAAAAUCUACAAACAUAAAAUAAAUGACACAUAAGGUAUUGUAAUUUUUUUUUUUUUUUUAUUUAGAAGGUAUAUUCAACCUACACAACAAAAACAUCCGGUGAAUGGCUAUACAAGAAACACUCAAUAUAUCAUAUUACUUUUUGUUGGAUUUUUUUUUGUUAUUUUUGGAUUAUAUUUCACUUCAAUACAAUCGAGUACAGUUGUAUUUCCUUCAGGUAAAUAUAUAUUUUUCAAUUGUAAUUAUUUUAUUAUAGUUACUGUAAUUAUUAUUUGAAAUUUAAAUGUUUCACUGACCAAAAUUAAGUCAACAAUAUAACUUCUGUAAUACAACUUUUAAGAUAGAAUUUAGUAGACCUAUAUUAUAAUCUUUUAUCGGGAUUACAUUUAAUAAGUAAUAUUGUAUUUACAAUAAUUUUCCUGUAUACAUACUUUAUAGCAUUUAUUUUUUUUUAUUUAAAUUAAUAUUUAUAAUUUAUGAACAACUUUCAAACAACACUAUAUUUCAUUUCAUUAUUAAAAUGUAUUUUUACUUCAAUUUUAUUUAAUUGGCUAAAAACAAAUAUAUUAAAUAGGAAUUAUUAAUAAUUAUAUGACAAAUGUUUUAAACUUUGUACUAAAAUAAAUACAUAAAAUAAUUAUUAUUUUUACUUAAAGUAAACUUAGUUUAAUACAAUAAACUGUAAAAAAAGCAAAGGUUCAAAUCAAGAAUUAUCCUAUUUAUGUUGGUCUUAUAAUAAUAUUAUCUAAAAAAUACGUCUAUAGAUUUAAAUUAUUUUAUAACUAUUUUUCUUAAUUCAUUAUUUAUAAAUAACUUUUCCAAUACAGAAUUAAUGUUAAAGGUUAUAUUCAAACAAUUUUAUAUUAUUUGUUUCUUUUUAAUUUUGAUUAAUUUAAUUUUUAGGUAUGUUGAACUCUUUAUGUGCCAAAAAAAAUCUCCAGGGAACUGAUUGUAGUAAAGAACAAGAAAAAGUACAACGUUUGUAUAACUCGUUGGUAUCACAAGUUCAAGAUAAAUAUAUAAAACAACAAUGCGACAAUUCAGAUAUUGAGCCAACUAUUGAUAAACAAACUGUAUUCGAAUAUUUUAUGAUAAAUGAAAAUACACCAUCUAGGGAAAUUGAAGAACUGGUUGAACUAUUUAAAAGCAUUGCAAAAACCUAUUCCGAUUCUCCUAUUGGAUUUGAUAAAUCAUUUUAUAUUAAUGUGCAACCAAAUUUACCCAUUUUAUGUGCAAUUAAACAUAUCUUUGCCAAUAUGUUUUACUUAGUUGUAUGGCUAGGAAUCGGUAAGUUACCACAAAUGUUUAAAGGUACUUUUUGAAAAUAUAAUAUUAUAAAUUGUGUAUAUGUAUGUUUAAUAUACAUAAAUCUUCAGAAAAAAAAUUAUUGAUUUUAUUUUAAAACUUAAUUAUUUGUGCUUGUAUGUAUAUAUUAUUUUGUAGUGGCAACAUCUAUUGUAAGUCUUUAUUUUGGAAUAUGCUACGUAACAACAAAAAGUGAAAAAUAUAAACAGGAAGUUAAUCAAUUAGUUGAAAAUACAAUUGAUUUAUUGAAACAACAAGCACAAUAUCGACCUAAUGAAGGUUAUUUACCUAUUAUACACAUACGUGAUCAACUAAUUCCACCUAAUGAGAGACCAAGUAAAUAUAUAUUAUUUAUUUUUAUAUUUAACCAAAAACACAAUUUAUUAUAUUUUGUAAUGGAAUUAUUUUAGAAAAGUCAAAAAUUUGGGCUGAAGUCGAACAGUACUUUAUUGAUUCUGAAUCAAGAGUGAGGUCUGAAGUUCAGCAAAUUGAUGGCGAAGACUACCAAGUUUGGAGAUGGGUUCAACCUAUGUCACCUAACACAGCGUAAGUAAUUUUCAAUUAAAUUGUUAAAUAAUAUUUAACAUAACUCAAUUAUCAAUUAUUCAUGAACUAUAAUUUAAUUUAAAAAUUAUUUUCAAAUGGAGACUUACACAAGUAUAGUACCUGGUUAUUUAUUAUAUUUAUCUUUACCUCCCUACUUUUAGAUUUUCUGAGGGGCUCCUUCUGAACCAAAUAAGCUGAAAAUGGGAAAUUAUAGUUAGACUGUGAAACAGCCGUCUAACAUUUAGGUUAAUAAUUUUUAAUUCAAUGCUUUUAGUAUUCAUGUCCACUGAUUGACAUGACUAACCAUUGAUUUACUGUGUUACAAUUAUUAUUAUUAUCAUUAUAGAUGUAGUGGAUGCCGCUUUAUGCUAGUCACUUUGUGCUAGUCUCAAAGUGAGUAUUAUAAAUAGAUAAACUUUAUAAGCAAAGUGGAGAAAGAAACAUUAUUUUGUUAAUUUAAUUUUUUUUAUUUUAGUUUUACAUAUUACAUAUAUAUUAUUUAUUAGAAAAUUUGUUAUUUUAUAAAAUGAUGGUGUUGAAAUUAAAAUAACAACUAAUUGUACUACAACUUUAACAACAUACAUUACAAAACUGUGAAAUGCAGUAACUGUGACAGUUAAUCAAGAGUACAUUUCUACCUUACACUACAAUAAUAAUAAUUGUGAUAAACAUAAAGUGUAAUAAGAUAUGAAUUGAACCCACAACAUAAAAAACUUUUCAAAAUUUCAAUAUAAAUGUACAUUUUCUACCGUUUUUUUUUUAAAUAAAAUUUGAGUUUUUAACUUUUUUUCUCAUCAUUCUAUUUAAUUUGGAGUCUUAUAAGUAAAGGUCGGAUUUUUAUGAUUAUACAUAUUUGUUUCUAGUGUAUGCAGUUAAAUGGGAGUAAAGUAUCUUUACGAUUCAUGAAUCAUAGAAUUCAGAGGAAAAGUUUAUUUUGCAUAAAAAAGCAUAGUUUAGAGUUUAGACCUAAUGAUGACUUAGUUUUUUCAAAAACCAAAAAUCAUAAUCAAGGUUUCUAUUUUUUGUGUAUAUUUUUUUUAGGUAACAGAACAAAUUUUAUCUCAUUAAAUACUUAAAAUAUAUUUUGAUUAGGUAUCUAAUUUAAAACUUUAAGUAAAACUCAUGUUUCUAGAAAUUGUGUUGUUUACUUAUGUAUUUAUUUUAUUUGUCUAGAAAAAAGGUUUGGCAAGGUCAAGCAUUUGAAACUAAUGAAGGUAGUAUGAACUCUCCACAACCAAGCCCUACGUCUUGUCUUAAAAUUCGACAUAUGUUUGGACCAGACUCGUAAGUUAAAUGAUAUUAUUUUGUAGCUUCUUGUUUUCAAAUAUAUCUACUUUAGUGUAAAAUUGAAAACAUCAAGAUUUAAUAAAUAAUCAUCUAAAAACUUAAUAAUAAAUAUUUUAUAUUUUUCCUAGUAUGAUAGGACUUGAUUGUGAAACACAUAUCAAAAAUGCCAUUCUAGAAAAAUGUGAAGCUAUUGAAGUUUUGCAUCUUUCUGUUGAUCGCAACAGUCAAGAAGGGUGUGUUUAUGUUAAAUGUGCCUCUCCAACAGAAGCAGGAAAAGCAUAUAGACAGUUGCAUGGAUUUUGGUUUGAUGGUAUGUGAUUUUUAUUAUAUUAUUUAUUUUGAAACACCUCGUAGGUAUAAAACUAAAUAACAUACAUUUAUUACUUUUCUUAUUAUUUAUUAUUUAUUAAAAACAAUUAAAAUUCUAUUAAUAAUUUAUAAGUAACUACAAGAUUGAAUUUUAUGUUUCAUUGUGUAUGAUGUAUUUUAGUAUGAUAGUCAAAUUAAUUAAUAAAAAAAUAUAUUGGCAUGAUGUUAAAAUAUGUUUAAUCUUCAUAGUAUAUGGCCUGUUAUGUUAUUUAUUUAUUCUGAGGUAAUAUUCAAGGCACCUCUACAGUUGCAUUUUCAUAGGGACAAACAAAAUGUGAAAUAUUUCAUAUCAAUGCACAUUUCUGCUUUAAUCAGUAGGUAUAUACAUAAGAAUACUUCGAUUUUAGUUUUGAAAAACAAUUUGUAAUCUUCGAAACAUUUACUAAACAAUGGCCAUGUCACGAUUUUGAAAUUAUGUAUGUUUAAGUCAAUUAACACUUUGAAAAGUAUAAUAUUUAAGUAUUUAGAAGAAACGGUCAUUACUCUUUUAAAAAACAAAAAUUAGAAAAUUGAUAUUUGUUUUCAAAGUAUAUAUUAUAUAUCAUACAUCAUAUUAUUCAAAUUGUACUGUACUUAAAGAAUUAUUAUUAUAUUUGUAAUUAAAAAAAAAAAAAAAUAAUAAUAAUUUUUAUCUAACACAAAAAUGUAUGAAAUAUGAGAAACUUAGGAUACUAUAAAGCGAUUAUAUUUACAUUAUCGGAGUCAUUGGUAAAUUUAAAUUGUUUUAGGAAAAUUGGUAACUGUUAAAUUUUUACGUUUGGAGCGUUAUCAUCAAAGAUUUCCAGAUGCUGUAAACACUACAAUUCCACUUAGGCCAUCUAACAAUGAAAAACGAUCAUUGAAAUAAAUUAUAUUGUUAUAUAUAUAAACAUAUUUUUGUCACUAUCAUGGUUGUUUCAAUUAAAAGAAAAACACUAUUUUUUAAUAAAGUUGGUGAACUGUAUUGCUAGUUCUUCAUGUUGUUACUUUUAUUAUUUCUAUAAGGAAAAAACCUUAAAACUUACUAUGAAGUAAUAUUGUUUUGUUUAUUAUUAUUAUAAUAAUUAUUUCAUUUUUUACCUCCUGUAUUUCUGAAAUGAAGUCUUAAGAUAUCAAAUAUAUUUUUAUAACUAAUAUAUUGAAUUUAAAUAAUUUUUCCGUGUAAUAUUAUAUUAAUACUACAAUUGAAUUGUUUGUAGCAUUAUAAUAUUAUUCACUAUUGUUAUAUUGUAUUCUAACCCAAUAAAAUUGAGUUAAUACAUUUUUUUUUUAUUAUGUUUUUUAAUCAUUAAACUUAUGAAUAACAC